AAUAUACAAUCUUUUAAAACUUGUGCAUGCGUGACAUUCCUGCACUGUUGUUCACUUGUUGUCAUACGGUGUUGUUUCGUCUCAGACUUCCACGGGUACAUUUCUUAGGGAAUCAUGAUGUCCUCGGUAUUGUUUAUGCUGUUGGUUGUGAUGAUGGCGUCUGUCCACGUACAGGGAUGUAAUUGUCCCGAUCUCGAGAAGAAAGACCCGUGGUGUGGAGACGAGGGCGACUAUGAUUCCUUAUGUGAACUCCAGUGCAAAGAUGACGAAAUAGUUGGGCAUGACACCUGUGAUAAGAUUGAGAAAUGCGAAGAUGCUUUGCCGCUGGAUCAGGGACCGGACGUCUGUGCUGAGUAUGGUAUCACCUUCGACAGCCUCGAAGAGAUGAAAUGCCAUAACCUGGAAUUUGUGAGCAAAGGUGAAUGUCCUUAAGUGAAACAGUCAAAAGAAAUAAUGCCAAAGUAUGUCACCAGGGACAUCAACACGGAGGCACGGAGAAACUUGAUCAAUAUUCACACUCGUGGAGGAUGUGCAUGUGUAGAUUACAAAUAAAAGGGUAUAAAAUUG